UCUGCGAGUUGUUUAUUCUUGGGGCAAAAUUUUCAACACUUGCCUUCUUCAUAUAUACACACUUCAAUUCCUCUCUCUCACACUCUUUAGCCUCAACAGCUGCAUCUUCUGCAAGAGAAAGGAAAACUAAGAUAAAAAUUAUUCCUCUGCUCAGUUAAAGAAAGAAAAACAUCUCUUCUUGGGUCUCACAAAUUUCCCUCUUCUUUUCUGCAUCACUUUGGAAUUGCUUGGUUUCUACUUCUGUUUUGUUCUUUCUGUUCUGCUUUUGCAGCAUAUAUAUUCUCUUCUCUGCUGUGCCAAACCCCAACAUCACCCAGUUUCUCCAAUUUUCUGCUUUCUAUCUCUCUUUUCUCCAUUCAAGGUUUUGGACAUUCUCUUCCCUUCACACAUGCACAUGCACAUACACAUGUCAUGUGUGUAACACAUAAAAAAAGCAUGAAAUUUGCAUGACCAAGUCUUCUCCUAGCUUGAUGCAAGUUCAGGUCAAUGCAUUGAUGUUAUCAAUUUAUCAUCUUUUUUAGAAAUUCCUCCUUCUGAAGCAUCUGGGCACAUUUCAAAUUCUUUCUACCCCAGAACAAAAGGUCUUUAAUUUAUUCUUUGUGGGAGGAGGAUGGUGGUUAAUCAGGCCUUGUGAACUCUGAAAAGUUGAAGGGUAGCCAAAAAAUGUCUAAAAAGGUCUUCACAAUGAAGGAUGAAAAUCCAGAAUUGCAGAAGCAAAUUGGGUGCAUCAGUGGCUUUUUUCAGCUUUUUGACCGCCACAGGUUCCUCACAGCCCAACAAGGUAGCAGCCACAAUCAGAACAUACAAACUAAAGGUGGAACAAGGAACCAGAUGAAAGAGGUGAAUAAUACAACUCAAAUGGCAAUGGGAAAGAAUGUGAAGGUUGCAGGAGAGAAUCAACAAUUCUCCACAGAAUCAUCAGGAACUUCAAUGUCUUCAUCUUCUCGUUCAUCUAGCAUGUCAUCCCUGGAGUUCAGCAGAGCAAUUCAGAUAGAACCACCAUCAAUAAUCAGUCCAAUGAAAAUUCCAGAGAAUUCUAAUCCAGAAAUAGAAGUGAAGCAACAUGGCAACAAAGGCCCUCACUCCCUUGAUUUCUAUGACAUUGUGAAAGAUUCAAUGCAUAGAGAUGUUCAAGGAUUGUCUGUAAAAAUUGUGGCUAAAGGGGAAAAGAAAGGUAGAAUCUUGAAACACGUUGAUUCUCCCAGGCCUUUGGAGCCCCCAAAACCUGUAAAUAUGGUUGCUUGGGAUUCACCGAGACUCUCUUAUGACGGGAGGGACACACAAGAUUCAUUAAAGUCUGCUAGAAAACCUAAGGAACUCCCAAGGCUUUCCUUGGACAGCAGAGAAGGAUCCAUCAAAAGCUUCAAUGAAGGAACAAAAUGUCGUGGCCUUCUGAAGGGUCUACAGAAAGGGUAUGGUAGCUCUGGCACAAUGUUUAAGCAGCUGCAGGAACCAGAAACUUCUAGAAGAUCAUCCAGUGUUGUAGCAAGGUUGAUGGGACUAAAAACCUUCCCAGAAAGUACAGAAGCAUGUGAUACUCAACCACGGAUAUAUUCCAGCAAAAAUGAGUCAGAUGCAGAAUCUUGCACAAAUGAGAGUGCAUCAAUGAAAGGGUCUACCUUUCUUCAGUUUAGGAGGGAUGCUUCAAUCCUCAAUGAGACACCCUAUUCACGGUUUUCCCUAGAAUCUGAAGCAAGCCAAGGUUCUCAAAUACAAGUUUCAAAGAGAAGUGAAUCUUCAGCAAAAGCAUCAAACCAAUCGCUCUCUGUAUAUGGGGAGAUUGAAAAGAGGAUAGCAGAUAUAGAGUUCAAAAACUCUGGAAAGGAUCUCAGAGCGCUUAAACAGAUUCUUGAUGCAAUGCAGAGAUAUAAAGAAUCAUUUGAGAUUACAAGGGACCAGACUUCAAAUUCUCUAUCUGACCAUAGGAGUAAUAACAGUCUCAGUGAAAACUCUGUGGUUAAAAGCCCAAGAAUACGGCAGAAGGACCCAGCAUCCACCACUUCUGAGAUGAGAAAUUCAACCCAGGGUAGUAAGUCACCAAUUUUCACCAUGAAACCAGAAAAAGCUGCAGGAAAAACUGGCAAGUUUGGUUCUGCUAAUACUGCAAAUGGAAUAGUGGGUGAGAAGCUUGACAGGAAAACAGCAAAGGGUAUCAGUCCAGCCAUCAGACAGGCCAAGGAUUCCCUUGGCCAACCCUUCCACUCGGUGGAUAAGAGCAACAACAAGAUGAGAACAUCAAAAUUGUUGCAAUCCCCAAAAGUUGCUCAAGUAAUCAAUGGGGAAAACGCCACCAACUCCAACAAUACAACAGGGGCCAAGAGCCCAAGGCUACAAAAGAAGUUUGGUUUGGAGAGGCGCUCACCAACAACUAUCCCAUCAUCAGAAUCAUGCAGUAACAGAAGACAACAUAAUAGGCAAUCAGUGGAAUUAUCUUCCCCAAGUACUACACCCAGACAAAGAUUCAAUGAGACCAAAAACCAAAGGGAGGAUUUUAAGCAAGAAGUUGGCGUAAAAGUCAUUCAAACUGAUCAAAGUAAUGCAGCAAAAGAUUUGAGCAAGGAAAGCUUUCAAGUUGAGAAAAUAGUUACAGCAGAGCAACCAAGCCCCGUGUCUGUUCUUGAUGCUGCUUUCUACAAUGAAGAACCACCUUCACCGGUCAAAAAGAAAUCAGACAUCACAAGAGAUUUAGAUGAUACUCUUUAUGAUAGCAGUGAGGAGAAGUCAGAACAUCUCCCGCUUUUAUCCAACAAUGCAAAAGCCAACUUCAGCAGUAGAACUCAAAAUUUGGUUCAAAUUCUCCACCAAAUUGAUUCCAAUGAUGAGAGAUUUACCAAUUUCAGAGACUACAAUGAUCCUGACCAUAAAUAUAUAUCAGAAAUACUGUUAGCAUCAGGGCUUCUCAGCAGUCCAAGCUCUAGCUACGAUUUUCAUUCAUCAAGUCACCCUAUAAACCCAAAGUUGUUCCUUGCUCUAGAGCAAAUCAAGACAAACAAGAAUUGUUUCAACAUUGAAUACGAUGCCAAGAAAAUGGCUGGGCUGAGUAGUCCUCAGAAAAUGCAAAGAAAGCUAAUAUUUGAUGUUGUUAGUGACAUUCUAGCUCAGAAACUGAUAUUGGAAAGUUCUACUCCGUGGUGCCAGUCGAAUCAGCCAGUAAGUAGAAAAAUAAGUGGGGAGCUGCUGUUGGAUGAGCUUUGCAUAGAAAUUGAUAAGUUGCAACAUAAAAAUAGGAAUGACAAACUGAUUAACGAGGAUGAGAACAUGACAAGCCUCCUGUGGGAAGAGUUGAUGCACUAUCCCUCAAUUUACACAAACAGUUACAUGGAAAUUCCAAAUGUUGUGUUGGAUGUUGAACGGUUGAUCUUCAAAGAUUUGAUAACUGAAGUUGUGAGAAGUGAACUACCUAACCAUUCUGGUAAGCACUGCAGACAACAGCUAUUUUCCAAGUAGGACUUCUGGCUAAUGGUCUGAGAAAUAAUUUUCAGCCUUCAUCUGUAAACUUUCUUUUCUACCUAUACUUAUACUUUGAGGAGGGGAAAAUAAGCUAAUUAAUAGAAAUUUUAGAUUUUGUUUCCUGUCUAAA